GAUCAAUGGCUGUUACAAUAUACUUAUAGAGAAGAGACUAAUGAUGCGGAUUACAUAAUCAAAAUAUAGCUUUUGACAGAGAGAAGGAUAUGCUAUUAUUUGCGGUAUAUUUAAGUUAAUGUAAUUUUUUUUAUUUUCUUUUAACCGGUUAACUUGUAAAGAUUUUUCAACUUGAAAAAAAAAAAAAAGCCGCACCGAAUCAAAGUUCCAAAGCCAAAUACGCCAAUUGAGUUUUAGUUAAGACGUUAUCUGUCGUCGAUCUUAAACUCCGAUGUUGUUACGAGCCACCAUUUAAAAGACUCUCAAAGUGAAGGAGAAAGUCAAAUUCUUCCCAACAGUUCAAGAAAAGCAGACUUUAUUCAGUAAAAGAAUGGUAGGAAGAGAGAGGAGAAUAUUGGUGGGAUUCGCGGUGGCUAUGUUUUUGGGCAUGACAGUUUAUUUUAGGCUCUGGAUGAUUGACUACUCUGUCUCUUCUCAUGAUACUGAGUUGCUAAGAAGACAGUUUGAUCUUGCAAACAAGGAGGCAAUGGAUGAAUCUGCAGAGUGGAGGCUGAGAUUUGAUGAAGAGGCAGACAAGGCUUCAAAGUGUGCCAAGGAACUCGAAAAGAUUAAGGAGUCCAUUGUGAAGAAGGAAGAUUCCAUUAGUUUUAACAAUAAACUGGCGCUGCUGCAAAAGGAAAAUGCUGCUUUACUCGAGAGGGUUGAAAUGUUAAAAAAUAAGCUUGAGGAUGAGAAAAUGAGGUGUCAUCAUUCGCAAUAGAGAAACCAAUAAAAACUUGUGGGAACAGGGGCUGAUCAUAGCUUCACUAAGCUGAUUUCAUUGCUUGCAAAGCUGCAAAUAAGCUGUUCAUGGUCCAUCGUCCAUUUUGUCUGGCAAAGACCAAUAUGUAGCUUCUUGGAUGCUUUAGGCCUAAAGUUUCUUGUAAUUAGUCAAACCGUUGGAACAUAGAGAAUUGUCUUUCUCCACUUAGAAGCUGGGUUAAUAUCAAAAAGAAAAAAUGUUUCCUUGUAGCAAUGGUUGGUUUACAUGUUCGAGCUGCAGAAACAGUUUUUGGUGCAAAUUAUGCAUGGUGAAGGCUGCGUGUAUCAUAAAUGACCCUCCCCAUCCCUUUAAGAGAAAAGGUAUACCUUUUUUUUUUUUUUUUUUGUAUUUUUCAUUCAUUUCUUGAUAAACUAUGAGAUUGUUACUUGUCAAAUUCCUUGAUGUUCUUAAGCGAUUUGCAUAAUUAGUUUUCUUUGGCA